ACGCUGAGGUCAGAUCUGAGUUCCUCUUCAUUGUGUUUGCCCCUUCUGUGAUGUCACUUCCUCCUCUUUCUCCUCCUCUCACCCCAUCCCAGUCUCCCCAGCCUGUAGUCAGUCAUGUUUUUGAAUCCUUCUACGUUUCCCCUCAAAAACAUACACAUCAAUGUUUGUAAUCUGUUUCCUCCCCCUCUUUCCUUUCAGAUCUCUUCCCUCUGAGUGUGCUGUGUUUUAGUGUACUAUUGAAGUGAGGUGUACCCACUUGAUCACUUCAAAGUGUGUUUCUCCUACAGAUUAAUCUGGAAACAACUAUAAUACCGUUUGUUUAUAAAGUGCUCCCCCCCCCACCUCUACCCCCCCUCUCUCAGGUAUCACCAGUACUAACAUCAUCAUCGGAGCCAUCACUGGCUCCAUUCUGUUCCUGGCUCUCAUCCUGGCCAUCACCGCCUGGGGAUACAAGAGCUACAGACAGCGGUGCUACGUUGAGUCAGAGGUUCACAGAAGAUUCUGCAGGCAAAUGCCUCCGGGUGACUAUGUGAAGAAACCCGGGGAUGCAGACUCGUUCUACAGUGACCUGGCCCCUGGGGUCAGCACCAACUCAGGCUGUAGCUCCAAGAAGAGGUCUGGCUGUCUGUCUAACCUGCAGAUAUACACGCUCUCUUUCCCCCCCUCCAUCGCCUCCAUCUCACAAAACAUCUCUCUGUUUGCAUUCAGGUCUAACGGUCUCUCCCACUCGUGGAGCGAGCGAAUCCCUGACGCCAAACACAUCUCUGACAUUUGUGAGAACGGGCGACCCAGGAGCAACUCAUGGCAAGGAAAUCUGAGUGGAAAUCGCAAGAAGUCGAAAGGGAAGAAGUUCCGUCCUCGCUCCAACUCUACAGAGACGCUCUCCCGGCGAAGUCGCCCACCUCCUCCACGGGUCCAUUGCAUCCACCGAGGUACCCUUACCCCAUGCCUCCCCUCCCCGACGACCAGAGGAAGGCCAACAGGCAGAGUGCCAGGCUGUGGGAGACUUCAAUAUAACACUCCUGUUAUCUACUCUGCAAAACUACUUAAGAACUACAUUUUCGUCCACUUUUCUAUGAAUUAAAAAAUACAAGGCAAAACAAAAUGACGAAAAAAGUGAGCAACUGGUAUGAGCGGAAAAKAGAAGCGGAGGAAGAUGAAGAGGAGGGUGUGAGAGUGUGUGAGAAUGUGUGAGAGUGUGUGCGAGGUCCGUCAGASCUGACCUGCUCAGUAGGGGACGCUACAGGGGCCAUCUGUCAUUCCUACACUGACAAGCCAAGACAGAACGAGGCAAGACAAGAUCCCUUUCAGAUUAGUUGGAGAUCCGCCAGAGAUCAGCCCUUCACUCAUUGGUGAGGAAAAAGCAAAGCUGUUGUGAUGGUAACGGUGCAGACAGAGAGGAGAGGCCUCGUUGGGGAUGUCUCCCCCACUCCCAACACCCCAACAUCCCCCCAGCUUCCACCACACUCUUCUAGCUCCUCCCUCAAACUGUCCCACCUUACCUUACUCACCUCCCCCCAACCCCUCUCUAGCCCUGCCCCCAUGUAAACUCUCUCCUCUGAUUGGUGCUCCUCUCUGUUGAKGGGGGMGGACAGCUAUCAUAUCGGCAGAUUUCUUUACCAUUUUGAAGCACGCUGUUUAAUUACUGUAGAAAACUCCAACACUGUAUGCAUGAGAACCCCCUGUUAAUCAACUCUUCCUAGUGUCAUAAAGAAGAAGAAGUCUGGGACGGACAGCAUGCGGGGGAUGGUGAUGUCAUACGUACUGUAGGCCUUUAAGCUUUCUUUACAUUAUAGGCUUCUUCUAUCUCUGUGAUCAGCGACUCAUUAUGAACUGUAUCACACAUUAUACUAGCCAACUGCCCCUGACAUGGACCCUAGACCCUAGCCACUCCCUGUUCUCUUUCUUUCGCCGUGUCAGGUUUUCCUGARGGAUYUAGUUAUCGUUGUAAAUAUGUACAGCUUAAAGGCMGAGUAAUGUGUGCUUUUCUUUUUUACUUACUGAGAGGUGAAUGAUGAAGGGCUGCUCCCCCUCUUCUCUACUCCUCCUGCGGUGGUUCGUGUUAUAGACAGACAGGGUCUCCGUAGGUCUUUGUAGAGACCCCGUACUUGUUUUUUCUGUCUGUUUCUCYCUUUUCAUUUCUGACUGAACUCUCUUCUCUCCCGUGUGGCUGUGUGAACACUCCAGCUUUCUUUUUCUUCCACAGCAGAAUGUACAAACAGUGUUCUAUAUUUCCUCUUUGUGUCAUCCUUUUCUCUGAGUAAUGCACACUCAGUCACAGCCCGUCAUAAUUAAGACAGUAAACUUAAGAAUGUCAUUGAUUUAUAACAUUACUGAGCAUUUUAUCCAUUUGGAUAUUGAUAAUGGUGAAUAUGAUUUGAACUAAGAUAGUCCCAUGAGCCCUUCCUCGCUACAGAGGGGAGAGAACAAGUGUUUUUUUGUAGUUUUAGAUGUGAUAUACAUGUUCAUUUGGCCAUGGUGGUUUAGAGAAGUUGGAGAAAUGUCCUGUGACUAUAAUCAUYCCACACUACGGUCUGUGUGUACAGCAGGGACAGACUGGCCAUCUGGCAUUUUGGGCAAAUGCAAGAUGGCCUGGUCCAUUUUUUACACAGUGGGCCUGUCUUACUUGUUUUUUGGGGGGGGAAAUGAUAAUUAUCUUGCUAAUAAUGGGGGCCUCGAGGAAAGAAAUGGGCCGUUGUGUUUAAAAUGCCAGAGCCGAUUUCUGGUCCCAGUCCGCCCCUGGUACACAGUGUGAGACCAGACAUAACAGAUAGAUACAACUGGAACCGACAACRCCACUGAGAUCCAACUGGACGAUGUGGGAAUAACAAUGUGGAAACUGAACAUUGUGUCAGAUGAAUUUGGAUUUGGGAUUURUUUGGAUAAAAUUAYUAAAAUGUGCAUUUUUGCUUUUGUUUUGUUUCCUACUGUAAGUUUGCCCUGCUGUCUGUAAAUGAUGAAGUGUCCUGUACAGUGCUUGCUGUUUGAGAUUUAUARGACCAACAGAAUGACAAUGGAUCUACUAGCUAGCACAMUAUCGCUGUUCUCUAGUAAUCUGUCUGUGAGGCUGUAAUACGAAAUAAGCAUGUCAUUGAAAUACUUUUUCCUUGAUUGCCAAUUGCUGUUAUYUUCUUGGAAUUUCAUACCACAAACCCCAUUCCAGUAGUGAACAGGUUUUCAACAUAAUCAACCARGUCUCAAACAUUUUCAUGAAUGGCCCGAGGAAUCUAGUGGUUUAAAUGUGGCUUAAGAUUCAGGUUCAGGUUCUUACCUACUCAGAGUAGGAUAAAGUGUCCCUAGUCACUGAUCCAAGGUCAGUUUUGUAUCUUACCCCCCUGAUGGUAAAUGUUGUGAAUUGGGGAGUGGAAAGCUGAUCUUAGAUCUGUGGCUAAAGGGAAACAUAUUUGUACAGAAGUCACAACCCCCAUCCUGUAGUUACUGUACUGUCCAUAUCAGUUAAGCCUGCUGUAUGUUAACUGCGUAUGCUUAAGUUUAAAAUGUGGGCACUGAUCGUUUUGAUUUUCUACUGUAUGCACUAUGACUGCAUAGAUAUUAAGAUCACCACAAUAUCACAUUAAUAUUGCUACUGUAUGACAAGUCUCAAGUAUUUUUUUUUACUCUUAAGUUCCUUUAUAUGUUCACUUCUCAGUGUUGUGUACAGCCGUUAUUCAGACAGACCAACUGCAUUAUUGUUCUUCUGUGCGUUGAGCGGAAUGGAGAUAUGAUGCGGCCAUUUUAGUUUUUAAAGCACACACUAGUCUCGGACCGCUCUGGCAUGUGAAGAUCUGUACGUGUCUUCUAUGGUAUGAGGAUGGGACGCAGCUAUGGCAACAUGGGGUGCAUUAUGCUAUAGAGAUCUGUGCAGGUGAACGCAUGUUGACUAAAGCUCUCAUCACUCUUGUCUUAUUUCAAUUACGAUAUGAUUGGCUGGUGCUUAGUAACUUGAGUUUUGACCAAGGGAUUCCCUAGGCCGUGGUAAUAUGAAAAUAAAGGAUCAUACUUSUCAAGCAAUA